CCAGCAGUGCACAUGCCCCAAGAAGACUGUUUCUGUUUCACUGUUAAAGUUCUCAAUACCAACAAAUAUUUAUGUGUUACUAGGUCAUAAAAUUGAUUUGGUUACGUGUGUAUUUUUUUUAUAUACUAACACUAAUAAAAGUCACCUAUGAUGGCCUCACCCCUUACUAUGCUUCCUCUAGGGAAUGUGGAUGAGUGUGUGCAUCUGUAACGAGGCCAUCAAUCUUGUAAACAAGCCACACGGUCAUUUCAAAACGUUCCUCAGACAUAUAGUACCACAGCAAAUUCACCAACAACUCUAUGGUGGUUGUCUCUGGGGAAACAAAAAUCUAAUUACAAGUUUGUUUAUAAUGAAAGCAAGUCUCCUUAGCAGGUGAAAUCCAACGGGUACUUUCUCAAAAAAAAAAAAAAAUCCUUAGAAGGGAAUUCGAAAGGGCUAUCGUAAGAGCUGGGGCUGUGUCUCAGUGGUAGAGGACUUGCCUGGCAUGUGCGAAGUUCCGUUCACAGUACUAUAAAAACAACAAACCCAUACGUGGAGGAAAACCCCACCAAAACCAAAAUAAGGAUCUUGCACAAUGUAGUCCUGACCUCUCACACUUCCAUCCAGCAAGGGCCGGCUGGUAAGUGAACCGGCAGCCUUCUUUGAAAUAAUGCAGGCGGUAAGUCUGAAGGAACAGGGUCUCCACACCUUGGUGCCUACCCUCCACAUUGUGGAAGAAAGCCGUUUUGAAAAUGAAUCGGUGGUCAAACUUGAAGAGAAAGUACCUCUUUAUGUUCUUCUGCCAGAGAAAUUUACUGUUUAGAAAGUGUCGUAUUUCCCACUGUGUGUGAUCUGAAAUAACAUUUGCAGUUGAGUGACCUUGUCGCGGGUAAGAAACUGUAUUUCCAAACCCAAAGGGGGCUUCGAAUGCAGAGCGAUUUAAAACCUCCUGGAGCAGUUGUGUUUUAAAUGUUCAUGCUAGGCCUUGCCCCAGGCUGUCUGCUGUGCGGUUACUAUCCAUAGAAUGUCAAUAACUCUGGUCGUGGCUCUUGCUUUGUUGUCUGUUAAUCCGGUGAAGACAAUACGUGACUGGCGUCUACUUGGAAGUUCAGGCAGUGAGCAGACUAGGUCUCACAGAGGUUAUUUUUUGCCAUUCAAAACCCUGAGCUUUUAGAAAACAAGUUCGGGUGUGUGUAAACACGGGAUUAAUCUGCCACACCCUGUGCCCUAGAGCUGUCAACAGAAAGAUGCUUUUUUUAAAGUAGGUUUUUGUCACUCUUUGCCCCUGGUAAUUCCCCUUCUAUUUUUUUUUAAAGUCCUGCCUAAAUAAAUCUCUUUGUUAAGGAACCGAUGUUUCUGAGUCAUAGGAAAGAGCAUAUUGAAUAUGCAAAGAAUAUGUCCAGGUUCGUUAUGAAUCCGAUGACAGUUUUUUGGGUCAUUCAGCUUUUAGUUCUCAGGUCUAGUCUCUGGCGUGUUGCAAACAGUAAGACUCUAGGUUUGUGGCCCAACUGCGGUGAUCUCGAUGAGUUCUGCCUGUAAAACAGCUGCACACAUUUCUUCUGUAUGGUAUUCAAGUUAAAUCACUACAAAGCCAUAUCAUAUCUCUCUGGGUGUGAGUGUGAGUGUGUCUGUCUGUCUGUGUGGUGUCUGUGUGUGCCUGUACGUGUCUAGAGAGAUUGUUUUCCCCUGCUGGGUUUCUUUUCUCUGUUAGCUGCUGUGUCUGGCAACCAUAUUGUGUCACACACACACACACACACACACACACACACACACACACACACACACGAAGAAUGUUUAUAGUAAGUAGCAGGAGCUGGACCAGGCCCACAGCUGGCUGUGCAGUAGUGUGCCCCCUGCGCCUCCACUUGGCUAUUUUGUUACUUGUAGAUCAUGGUCUAAUAAUUUCCCAUUAAAGGGACACUAAUUCCGCGGGGUGUGUAAUCGUAUUUAUAGUACAUUUUAUUACUUUGCAUUCCCUCGUGGUAGGGUGGUGAUAUCAUAACAGAAACAUAGCAUUUGAUGCUUGAGAGGGUUCAUCCUGCAACCAAGCUGUAUUUUGCUCAUUCUCGGGAACACGGUGGGGAGGUGGAUGACAUACCUCUGGGUAUGCGCUUGCUGCAGUGUCUCCUGCAUCAGCUAGAAAAGAGACCUGUUGCUCUUGGUCGCCAGGAAAGCAGUGCCCUAUGAGCGUGGUGGGUCAGAUUUACGGCCUGGUUGCGCAUGGAGUGUGUUUGCUGCCUUAGUCAGCUGCCCCAGCUCCCUGCUGGGCCGCCCCUUUCUGACAGAACUGCGGCAGCUGGGAAGAUGCUGUUUCAGGCUCUUGCUGUUCAGAGGGGGGGAAAACAGCAAGAGAGGGGAAACUUCACUAAGUCCAGAAGCUGGCAUUGGAGGGGGAGCCGGCGGUCAUGUGUCUCUGGCCAUCCUACCCUCUGUCACAGAGUAGAUGAGGGCUUUUUGCUCUUACCCAAUCAUGCCUGGAAUGUUGCUUGCCACUUGGGCUAUUUCUGCUAUCUGUCGCUCUUGGUGCCGCAGUGCUAACGGUUUGGCAGAUGGGACACUUUUUCUUGGAGUUGGUGUCUUUGGGUUCUGACUUCUGGCAGUGCUGGGCCUGUUGUUGUCGCUCGCCCGCUCCCUCCCGGCCCCCCUGGUCACCAUGGCCCAUCGGCUUCGGUUUCAUUUUGGCUCUGGCCGCAGCAAUACGGCCCCCGAGUCUGAGAUUCUAGACCAGGAGAGAGAAGAGGACUUUUUCAUGGCAUUCCAGACGCUGCCACGGAGAAGCAGCCCGCACCCCUUCACCCAAAACGCAGGGGAAGACAGCGGCCUGCAGGAGGGCGUGGGUGCCCUCAAGCGCAGCUCAUCCAUGUUCAUCCCGCAGCUCCUGGCUGGGGUAGACGCCCGGCCCACUCGUAGCUCCUCCAUGAAGAUCUCCCUGCAGCGAAAGGCCGCAGACGGUGCCACAGACAGCUGCGGGCCACAGGAGGGGCCUGACGACAGGCCCCCAAGCGCCCAGGGUGACCUCGGAGACCAGGCCGCAGCCACAAGGGUCUCUGCUCAGAUCGGCUCAUCGGAGCCCUCUCCGGUGGACACUCCUGGAAGCUCCCCUCCAAGGGCAGCCUGGGACCCGGGGACCCUGGUCAAUGGCACUUGUGACCACCGUGGUCCGAGUCCCCGCCUGGCCGAGGAUACGGAGGAGGCCACCCCAGGCCUGCGCAUCCAACACAGAGCCUCAAGUGCUGAUGUGCGCCAGGUACGGCUCCUGCCCUUCGGCCCGGACGGCCAGGCCGAACCCAGGCGCUGGUCCCUUCAGCAUGUUCCAGACGCUUCUGGGAGCUCCGGGAAGCGCUGCUUUGUCUUUCAGCUGCAGCAGCCCCAUCAAGGCACUGUGGGGCUGGGCAGUGACUUCAACUUUGGCUUCACUGGCACUAAGGGGGACAGGUUGGUGAGAUAUCCACGAAUUCGGCUGGAGAGGAGCACAUCGUACCCGACCCAGCCCCGAGCAGGCCGCGUGAGCCCUACCGAAGACCGAGGAACCCCAGAAGCAUCACCUCGUAGGAUGGUCCCCGAGAUCCGCAGGACAAAUUCAGAGAGGACCCCGCAGAGUCCAGGGUGCAUGUUCAAGAUCCGGCAGGAUCAAAAUGCGGGACAGCAGCACUUCCGAAUUCUUGUGACUCGGGGACCUGAAGAAGCCCCCCAAAACCAAGAGGAGACUCCCAAGAGCCCUGGACACCCUGGGACUGGUGUUCCGACACGAGACGACUUUCUGGGCCAGGUGGACGUGCCUCUUAGUCACCUUCCGACAGAAGAUCCAACCAUGGAGAGACCCUAUACAUUUAAGGAUUUUCUCCUGCGACCUAGAAGUCAUAAAUCACGCGUCAAGGGGUUUUUGAGGUUGAAAAUGGCCUACAUGCCGAAAAACGGAGGUCAGGAUGAAGAAAACAGCGAGCAGAGGGACGACAUGGAGCAUGGAUGGGAAGUUGUUGACUCAAACGACUCAGCUUCCCAGCACCAGGAGGAGCUCCCUCCUCCUCCCCUGCCACCAGGAUGGGAAGAGAAAGUGGACAAUUUAGGCCGAACUUACUAUGUCAACCACAACAACAGGAGUACGCAGUGGCACCGACCUAGCUUGAUGGAUGUAUCGUCAGAGUCAGACAAUAACAUCAGGCAGAUCAAUCAGGAGGCCGCACACCGGCGUUUCCGCUCUCGGAGGCACAUUAGUGAAGACUUGGAGCCUGAGGCCUCUGAAGGUGGUGGAGAAGGCCCUGAGCCUUGGGAGACCAUUUCAGAGGAAGUGAACAUGGCGGGAGAUUCUCUCAGCCUGGCUCUACCCCCACCUCCUGCCUCCCCAGUGUCAAGGACCAGCCCCCAGGAGCUGUCGGAAGAACUGAGCAGAAGGUUGCAGAUCACUCCGGACUCCAAUGGGGAACAGUUCAGUGCUCUGAUUCAGAGAGAGCCCUCGUCUAGGCUCCGGUCCUGCAGUGUUACCGACACGGUUGCUGAACAAGCUCACCUUCCACCGCCCAGCACCCCAACUAGGCGAGCCCGUUCGUCAACUGUCACGGGUGGUGAGGAAUCAACGCCAUCAGUGGCCUAUGUACAUACCACGCCGGGCCUACCUUCAGGCUGGGAAGAAAGAAAAGAUGCUAAGGGACGCACAUACUAUGUCAAUCAUAACAAUCGAACCACAACUUGGACUCGACCAAUCAUGCAGCUUGCAGAAGACGGUGCCUCUGGAUCAGCCACAAACAGUAACAACCACCUAGUCGAACCCCAGAUCCGCCGGCCUCGUAGCCUCAGCUCGCCAACAGUAACCUUAUCUGCCCCACUGGAGGGUGCCAAGGAUUCACCCAUACGCCGUGCUGUGAAAGAUACCCUUUCCAAUCCACAGUCCCCUCAGCCAUCACCUUACAACUCCCCCAAACCACAACACAAAGUCACACAGAGCUUCCUGCCACCAGGCUGGGAGAUGAGGAUAGCGCCAAACGGCCGACCCUUCUUCAUUGACCAUAACACAAAGACGACAACCUGGGAAGAUCCACGGCUGAAAUUUCCAGUACAUAUGCGGUCAAAAGCAUCUUUAAACCCCAAUGACCUGGGCCCUCUUCCUCCUGGCUGGGAAGAAAGGAUCCACCUGGACGGCCGCACAUUUUACAUUGACCAUAGCAGCCAGGUGUUAUGUGGAGAGAAUGAUACCAGAGAGUCAGUGCCCUUGUACGAUAGCAAAAUUACUCAGUGGGAAGAUCCAAGACUACAGAAUCCAGCCAUAACUGGUCCGGCUGUGCCGUACUCCAGAGAAUUUAAGCAGAAAUACGACUACUUUAGGAAGAAAUUAAAGAAACCUGCUGAUAUUCCAAACAGGUUUGAAAUGAAACUCCACAGAAACAACAUAUUUGAAGAAUCCUAUCGGAGGAUCAUGUCUGUAAAGAGACCUGACGUCCUAAAGGCUAGACUGUGGAUCGAGUUUGAAUCAGAGAAAGGCCUGGACUAUGGGGGCGUGGCCAGAGAGUGGUUCUUCUUACUGUCCAAAGAGAUGUUCAAUCCCUACUAUGGCCUCUUCGAGUACUCUGCCACGGACAACUACACACUUCAGAUCAAUCCCAACUCAGGCCUGUGUAACGAAGAUCACUUAUCCUAUUUCACUUUCAUUGGGAGAGUUGCUGGCCUGGCAGUGUUUCAUGGGAAACUCUUAGAUGGAUUCUUCAUUCGACCUUUCUACAAGAUGAUGCUGGGGAAGCAAAUAACUCUGAAUGACAUGGAGUCUGUGGACAGCGAGUACUACAACUCUUUGAAGUGGAUCUUGGAAAACGACCCCACGGAACUUGACCUCAUGUUCUGCAUAGAUGAAGAGAACUUUGGGCAGACUUACCAAGUGGACCUGAAGCCCAAUGGGUCAGAAAUCAUGGUAACCAAUGAGAACAAGCGAGAAUAUAUUGACUUGGUCAUCCAGUGGAGAUUUGUGAACAGGGUCCAGAAGCAAAUGAAUGCCUUCUUGGAGGGAUUUACAGAACUUCUUCCAAUCGACUUGAUUAAAAUUUUUGAUGAAAAUGAGCUGGAGUUGCUGAUGUGCGGCCUUGGUGAUGUGGACGUGAAUGAUUGGAGACAGCACUCCAUUUACAAGAACGGCUACUGCCCCAACCACCCUGUCAUCCAGUGGUUCUGGAAGGCCGUGCUGCUGAUGGAUGCUGAGAAGCGGAUCCGGUUACUACAGUUUGUCACAGGCACCUCCAGAGUACCCAUGAAUGGAUUUGCCGAACUUUAUGGUUCCAAUGGUCCUCAGCUGUUUACAAUAGAGCAAUGGGGUAGUCCUGAAAAACUGCCCAGAGCUCAUACAUGCUUUAACCGCCUUGAUUUACCUCCGUAUGAAACCUUUGAAGAUCUACGGGAGAAGCUUCUCAUGGCCGUGGAGAAUGCUCAAGGCUUCGAAGGUGUGGAUUAAGGAAGGCCUCGGCGUCAGGGCACCGCCCUUCCAGCAAGGUCCGCGUGCACUUUUGCAUUUGCCUAGCAGACUUUUGCAGAGCCCGUGGCAGAAGCAGUUGCCUGGCCUGGCUCUGGAGCCCAGCUUGUCCGGGCCCUGCCCGAGUUCCGCCAGGGAACCCAGCCCCGCUCAAGUGCCGCCCCCUCACCGCCGAUAACUCAACUGGUUGAUGUGUACACUGAUUACAGGAGGACUUGUUCUAUUUAUGUUGUGCCUCUGCAGGCAAAGCCCUUAAUAAAUAUUUUGCAUACUCUCUAAUGACAGUGAAUGGAAUUAAUCACGCUCCAGGUAUAGUAUUACAACUCAUGUUUACUUUUUAAAAAUGAUUUAGACUGAUUUUCAGAUUUUAUUUCAUUACAAUUAAAGAUGUCUCAUGUACUUGGAAAAGUGAGCAUAUUUUUUUUGUAUUUGAAUUUCAUAUCAAGCUUAAUGUUGGUGACAUUUUUUUUUUAUUUUUGAAGUACUUUGACACUCCCAGCCUCCACUUUGUUAGAAUUGGAAGACUAAUUUUUCUCCAAAAGCCUUCUACAGACAAAUACUUUGAAAGAACUUCAACUAUAACAUUGAGCAUAAUAUUUUUUCCAUACUCAGAUUGAAAAUAAACUGGAUAUUACCUUUUUUUUUUUUGUACAAAUUUAGAGACUAGGUCCAGGCUGGAAGAAUUGUAACAUAGCAUGAUAUCUUUGUGUUAACUUGAGAGGAAUGACCCCACUGUCCCUUAGAAGUUCUGACGUGUGCCAUCAUGCAUUUAAAGACAGGACUGGACUGUCAUCUUGCAUCAGAAACCAUUACAGUUUCCUGUCGCUGUACAGCCUCCUCUGAACUCUCUUUUCUCUUUGGUGUUCAUAGAGACAUUUCCAAUGGCAUUGCUCCAUUCAAAACCAAGGAAACCAGAAUCACUGAUCUUCUGUCUCUGAUGAUUGCUAAACAAUAAUCAAAUAACCCUUCUUUGCUGUAUCCUCGUCCCUUCUGAAGGCACUUUACGGAGGUCACAUCCGGUUUUGUUUUCAUUUUGUUCUCACGGAUAUCACGCGUGGCGAUUGUUCCUUCCUCCCUGCACACAUCUGUCCGGUGCAGAUCUAUCAGUCGUGAACUUGGCCUCGAGUAUACAUAUGAGCCCAGAUGUGACGCCCAGCCUCUGCACCGAUCUUCUCCGACUGUUCUGUAAUUUCUACUCAACAACAAGGUUUUACCUACUGUACACUUAACUGAGUUGUGUGACCUAUGACCUACUCUGCAUGCUCCGAUACCGUGUACCGCCCCCGGGUCAUGUCUAUGGUGUGCUAGUUUUAAAGGUGACCUGGAAAGCCUAGUGGGAACCGCUGAGCCCAAGCCAUCUGGCUGGCAGCGGUGGAAGCGAGAGAGGGUGUCUGAAGUUUUCUAAGUCUCUUUCUGUUGUGUUCUGAGAAGAUGCCUGAGGCAGCGUGGGAGUUCCGACACCCCUGCUGUCCCUUUAACUUGUGUCGUCCUAGACCCUGUCCUAGCAGUAAGGGGGACAUGGGAUAUUUCUGAUCUCUUGCCAAGUUGUGAAUAAGACGAAAAGACUGUGGUCCCUGCCACAUAAGAAGGAUCUUUGGUAUAAGAAAUCGCUCGUGUUUACACAGCUGUGGAUGCCGUGAAGGAACCAUGGACAUUCUUGGUGGGUGAAGCCCUAGACGGUGGAAUCCUACCAAGCUGGCCAUCGGCUUCGAUCCACAUGCUAUCAAGUAAUUACAGAGGCAAUUAACACUCACUGUUCCUGCCUCCGCUGGGAUAAUUUCCUUCUGUAGUAAACAGAUAUUGGGCAGAGGGGGUGGGGGGGGAUAUUUUUUCUUAAUAACCUUCCAGGUCCAGAACCAUCUCUGUUAUAGAGGGUGCCAAAGCCUGAGCUAAACUGUAUUUUAACUGGAGAAGAAACCGAAAUCUAUUCUAAGAGCUGGGGUUCUAUACUCCCGUAGGCCCUAUACCGAACAACACGAUUCACUUAAAUGCAAAGUAGUCGGGUAUUAGGAAAUGUAAAAGGAGCCAGCAAGAUGGCUCAGUGAGUUGAGGUCACCAAUCCUGACAUCCUGAGUUCAAUCCCUGGAACCCACCUGACAGGAGAGAACUGACUUCUACAAGUUGUCCUCUGAUAUAACAAUUUUACUAAAAAAAAUAUAAUAAUAAUUAAAAAUAUGAAAAGAGGACUUCAUUCUGAUCAUUUCUAAGUCAAGAGCAGAGAAGACCUAUUAAAAUAACCCUCCAGGGAAUACGUGAAAGGCAAGCCAUUGUGAAUGACACUUCGGUUCAUUGGCCCGAGAUAAUUUCAGGGUUUAACAGUGGUUACUGUUACUGGAGAUGGGCGAGCUGGCCUGUUAGAGAGUAAAGAUAGAGUAGUUUCCUGUCCCUCUGGUUUGUGACGUUCCACUUGUUGCCCGAAAUGCCCGAUGCCUCGUCUCCAGACCCCGCUGGCCAUGGCAGGUCAUUCUCCGAUCUCCCUACUGCAGCUGGUGCUGUUCCCCUCUGUGCUGUGGAGAUGACAUCAUCCAUCUCCCUGCAAACAGUAAUGGUGGAUCUUUUACCUUGAGGCUGCGUGCGGAGUGGGUCCCAGAACUCUGACUUUACCAUGGAAGGACUUUGAGCAUCCUGUGGCUCUCUUAUGUCCCUGCCCCUUUGACUCCUUGGUGGACCUGGGAUUAGACAGUCUGCUGACUCCAGAACAGGUCGUGGUAGGCGUUAGUCUAUCCUAGGUGCCCUCCUGUGCUGUCCUGGUCUGUCUGAAACACACAUCUCUACUUUUCUGUGGCCAGUCCUCUGACAGUUCACAAGAACCAGACACGUGUACUUUUAUUUUUGUUUCCAGGACUGAUGUAGCUUAGUGGCAAGCGUUUGCCUAGCUGUAGAUUCAAUCCCUGUUGCUGGGGCCCGGGGAGGGGGUGGAUAAGAAAUAGAAAAUUUCUCUUUCCGAGGACCUUUAGCAAGAGACAGGAAAUCCUGACAUUCAUGUUGGAAAUUAUAUAAACCAACAUGACAAGAACCGUUUCCCCCCAAAAGGCUCAGCAGCCGACUCUUGGGAGUGAGAUACAAAAUCUUUUAACCACUUUUGAAUCUCACUUGGCCUGUGGCUCUUGGUCUUGCUAGAUUCCAGUUUGUUCUGAGAGUCAGGCUCUCACGUACAGCAGCUUCUAACCUGUUCUCUAUUUCCCUGGUAGUCUCCUUUCUCACCUCUGAAAUUUGAAAGUCUUCUUUUCUUCUUAUCUUCCUCUUCCUCCUUCUCUCUCUCCUUUCUCUCUUCCCUCUCUCCUCUCCUCUCCUCUCCUCUCUCUCUCUCCGUCCCCCUCCCUCCCCUUCUCUCUCUCUCCCCCUCUCUCUGCUUCUCUCUCAACAACAGAAGGGAGAUGCUAUCUGCAACCAUUCUCUUCCUGGCCAGUAGGGGCGCUGCUGUGCAGGGUCACUGCCUGCCCUGCUCCCCCUGUGACUCCCAGAGGACCACACGCUACCUCUGUCUCAUUCUCAAAUUGGGGUCUAUCCUAAGUCAUGUCAAACUGCCGAUUUCAGGACUGGGAUGCGUUUUAAAACAAAAAAAACAAAAAACCCUAAACUCCACUUUGUACCUUAGAUUUUUAAAACUGGGUAGAAAUGUAAUAUACAUUGGACCACUUUUUUUUUUAAUUUCUAUAAGCCUUAAUGAACAGUGUAUAGACAUCUGUGUAUGCGCACUCUGCCCCAGAGUGUUUUCAGUGUGCCAGAGGAGAAGCCGUAGUGUGAGGACAUGUCUGUCUAGUGUUUCCUAGGAAAAGGGUAGCUUUCUUUUGGUGUAAAAUUUCCUACGGAAACCACUCAGCAUCCUUUGUUAGAGAUGUUGACGACGCUCCAAGCACGUGUCUGAGGCACAUGUAUCUUUACCGGUUUCAUAUUUGUAAGAGGCAAUGGUAGGAACCUAAGAGCAUCUGUCAGUGUGUGACUUCUAAUGCCCUGCAUUCCCUCCGCUGUGUCUCAGUGUUUGUAUUGAAAGCCUCUCCUGUGCCCACAGCCUGUGUUGACAGAUGUCUGUCCCUGUGCAAGCCUCAGACUCAGACUGAUGUAUCCUACGUUGUCGGAAUUUUCUUCCUGUUAUCUCUGUGACUGUUCUUCCUUUUGCUACCCAGGAUGUAACAUAUAUACAUAUAUGUGUGUGUGUAUGUGUGUGUGUGCUAUCCAAAUAUAUUUGUAUAUAUUUGUAUAGCAUUUUUACACUUUAGGAGUAAUCUGGAAUUCAAAAGGGAAUGAGAGCUGACUCCCUUCCACAGUUGUCUCCAAGUCCUGCCCUGAGAAUUCUGACCCUCGGCGUCUGAGAGAACCCUAGGAGGACAUUAUUAACUUGCUGUCAUUUUCUUAAUUCAGAAUCUGUUAAUCAAAUGAGACAUUUUUCAAAAGUGACUCUGAAGGUGAAAAGAGUUUCAAGCAUUCCAAAUGAAUCCUCCAUGUUUCUUAACUUUUUAUUACAAUCCCCCCACCCACACCCACCUUCUCACACAAAGCUGAGUGCUAUUUGAUACAAUGGUCAAAACCAAACUACCUUGACGUUUUUCUAAGACAGCUCAAUGGCUGACGCUCUUUUUCACAGUCCUCGAGCUUUAACCUAGCUCGAACCUGGUACACACACGUAAAGUUUUAAGGUCGAGUCCUCUUCUGUCUUCUUGAGAGACCUGGAGAGAUACUGUAGCUUGUUUUCCUGACAGCAAAUGGGAACUGUGACAAAGUGAAGUCGUUGUAAAGGGGUGAUGCAACUUGUCAAAUAUUUAAUAAAGAAUUAUGGAAGCCGGAACAUUUCCUACACAA